AUGUCCCAGCGCAGACGGGCUGUUUUCACAAAGAAGCUGCGGCAGAGCCUCUUUGGAAAUACGGUCCCCGGCUUCAGCAGCGACUGGGAAAGGGCCUGUUUCCGGUUCCACAAUCCUUUUUCUGACCUGGCUUUUGCUCUGGAAGCAGGAAAGGGAGGGGCCCGAAGCAUUCAGAUGGCUGUCCAAGGAUCCAUCAUCAAGCACCUGCUGUUUACGAGGAAGGGGGAAGACUGUAACUUCCACAGGUUACACGCCCUAAGCAGGCGGCAGCAGAGGCAGGCCCUGGCUGAGGCACUCGCUGGCAUCCUGUGGGCGGCAGGAGAAGCUCAACAGGCCACCGUCUGUCUUGUCACGGAGGACACUUACAUCGCCUCCACUCCUGACUACUCUGGGGACAACUUCACUGAGCGGCUGCGGCUAUUUGAAGUUUCAGAGAAAGACGCCACUGAGAAAUUCAUCUAUGAUCAUUUAAAAUGUUUCAGCGGGGAAGGAAGCCGUGGUGUCAUCCUGUUUCUUUACAGCCUGAUCUUCUCCAGGACAUUUGAAAGGCUUCAGAGGGACCUGGAUGCCUCCACCACUCACCUGUUACAACCAAACGCGGGAGGCUUCCUGUGCAGGCAGGCAGUUCUGAACAUGAUUUUAACUGGAAGAGCACAUCCAAAUGUCUUCAACGGCUGUCAGGAUGGGAAGUCUCAGGAACCAUUACGCGGCGUCCUGGAGCGCAGCGAGGUCGGCUACCUGCAGUGGGGUAAGCGCACCUCGGAGGACGGGCCUUCCCAGGUGGGCAGCAUGCUGAAGACCCCCAGGUUACCGAUUUGGCUGUGCGACCUCCGUGGAAGUCACGGCGUCCUUUUCAGCACAAACAGGCAGCUCUUGUCAGACUGGAAAGCGGAGCGGCUGUUUGAUCUGUACUUUUACGGUGGGCAGCCCUCCGAGAAAAAGGCCGCCCGCCUGACAGUAGAUACUCACUCCCAUCACUGGGAAAGGGACCAACGUGAAGAUGACCAUGGACUAGGAAGACGGUUUUCUCCAGUGGAGAUGGCAAUCAGAACCAAGUGGAGGGAGGCCACUGUCAACUGGAAUGGAACCGCCCCCUAUUUCUAA